CAUGAGUAAUUUCACUGUCAACAGAUGCCAGAAGUGAGGUUUCGCGGCUCUUAGGAGGUUUUAGACACUGAGUCAUAAGGAAGCGAAUUUUAAUAAACUAUAGUUUUAGGAAAGCGCCGCAAAUAUCAUGUGCAAUAGCUCAACACUAACAUGAAUCUUACUGUCGCAGCGGAGCGCUUCUAAAGAGAGGGACGAUCUUGAAGUUUGUUGGAACAAGAGACACUCGGAUUAUCAAAAACGCAUUCUCUUCAACGCUUUUUGGGAGGACGAAAACAGAAUACAUAAGCAAACAGCCAGUCUUUCACUGUUUAAUACUUUGUGAGUGAUCCCAACACCUUUUGACUUCUUUCCAGACUGCGUACAAAUAACGGCCGUUAGUCGAGUGGAACUGAACGAGCCCCCCCCCACCCCUCUCUGACCUUUCUGAUGACAGUGUUUAAAUAACGAGAGAAAGAGAGAGAAGAGUUUGGUCUGGUUCAGGAGUAGCUGCUCACGUCGAAUCUAGCUGUACUUGACAGGCGAUGGUGAACAGCCGCGUGGAAACCUCCGCCGUUGCGGUAACAGGAGGUAGUGGCGGGGCAGUGCGCUCCUGUGCAGGCUGUGGAGGUGGGAUCUCAGAUCGCUUCCUGCUCUUCUCCAUGGAUCGGUACUGGCACACGCGCUGCCUCAAGUGCUCCUGCUGCCAGGCUCAGCUCGGAGAAAUCGGCAGCACCUGCUUCAGCAAAGGAGGAAUGAUCCUCUGCAGGAACGAUUACAUCAGGUUGUUUGGUCACAGUGGAGCCUGCAAUGCCUGUGGGCAGUCUAUCCCUGCCAGUGAGAUGGUGAUGAGGGCCCAGGGUAACGUCUACCAUCUAAAGUGUUUCACUUGUGCCACAUGUCGAAAUCGCUUGGUGCCUGGUGACCGAUUCCACUAUGUCAACGGCACCAUCUUUUGUGAACAUGACCGACCAGGUGGAGCUUUGCUCAGUAGUCACCUGACCCCCCUGCAGAACAACACCCUCCUACCUGACCAAAAGGUGUGUUGAAAAAACAUGGAUUUUUAAUUUGCGGUGUGCCUUUUCUUCAAAUUUUUCCUCACACCUUUCCUUCAAUCUAUCAUUGUGAAAGUCCACCCACACCCAGGAUCUUCCAGCCCACUUUCGUGCAUCCAGCCAUCUUAGAGAACUACGCAAGUACUGUGAGUCACUUGCGAGACAAUCACCCCUAACGAGGGAAACAUAAUCAUAUUGAAGAAAGAAUCUGAAAAUCAUCAUAUGCACUCGUAUUUGGUCUGUCUGGUCAUGACUGGAAUGGCCCGAGCCUGAAAGGCUUAGACUCUUAAAGAGCAGCUAAUUUAAGUGGGGGUGAUGCUCAGCAUGAUUUUGUUCCCUUUUGAGAAGUUUCUCAAGAAAUGUUGUGGACAUUACCUGAUAUUUUGGAUUGCGGGGGUCUGUGGAUUAUGAUAGAUAUCACUACCUGCCAACAAAAUGACAUCCAUAGAUCAAAAGACUGUUAAAACUAGCCGUUUGUUUCAGCGGUGGUUGCCUUUUGCUUACUGGCUCUUUUCACGGUUUAAGUGUCAUUUUAUUCUUUUUUUAAAAGGCUCUGUCAUCUUUGGUGCCUAAAACCCUUUUUAUGUCCAGUUUUUCCUCCUUUGUCAUUUACUUCCUAUUAGUAAGUAAUCAUACACAUGCACAGUACAGAAACGUGAACAUGUAUUGUUUUGUCUAUUCGAGUUUAAGACAUAUAAAGCACUCUUUUUGAGAGAACCGUAGACUGCAGAGGAAACAGCAUGUUUUUUUUCCCAUGGUUUGGUAGAAUAAAUGAUAUGUCUUUAUGCAUAUUCUCUAAUAGAGACUGCUAUUCAGUGUCUGCCAAGACUUUUGGGAGAAUGAGGGAGAUGGAGAGUAAAAUUGUACAUAUUUCAUGUGCUGUUGUAUUGUGUUCAAUGGUUGACCUGUUUCCUUGUGUCCUCGGUUUAAAUGGAGGAGCAUUCAUAACAAUAAGAUAUCUGUAAAAGAAAUAAAAUACUUAAUUAAAUAACUAUAAUCAUCACAAA